UCAUCGUAUGCACGAGAGCAGGAAGAAGACGUAAUCCACGCUCGAGCAAGGAAAGAAAGAGUGCGACACGUACCCGGAAACAAGCAUGGACGCCUCCGAGAGUGGUAGCAGGCUGUCUUGCCCGAACAAGCUUCCCCCGGAUGAGCUGGAGGGAAUCCUCACCGGGAUGCUCACGGAGAACGUGCAGAGUUCGCUGCGAGACCUGCUGCAAGUGCAAGGGAUGCUCAAUGGAUACCUUACCGAGGAACAAGCCGCGCACCUAAAUGCAAGCAGAAUUGCUCUCGAACUGGGGCCACGAAAGGCGAACAUCACGGCCGGCAUUAGCCCGCUGCUUGUGCUGGACGAGGUCAUCGGGAGGCGAUUGGCCAUGCAGCUCGACCGCAUGGGAUAUCGGGGACGGAGGCUCGUGAUCUAUGAGGCCAGCGGGGGUAGGCACGAGCUGUCAAUACGGGAGGCCAUCUCGCUCCUCCCGCUUUGCCGAGAGCUGGACAUACCGUCGACCGUGACGCUUACCGGAAUCGAGGUAGCACCGGGGACAAUGCAACCGUCGCUCUCGACGUUCCCGAUCAUCGAGCUGCACUGCUUGCCGUCGAUGGGGCAAAGGCCGCCUCCCAUCGAGGCGAUAAGUCCUACGAUCGACACUGGAAAGUACGUCCAAGUGCAGGCCUUGAGCGUCACGAAGGCAGCCGAGAUCUCUAGGAGCGCCGGUUCGGUGGUCGCUUCGGGUCACGGCGGCGUCCGGAGUCGCAAGUAUGACGGUGAGACAAAGGCCGGGCUAUUUCUCGGGCCGCGUGGAAGGAACCUCCUCCCGUUUGAGGGAUGCGAGUCGCUGACCAAGUUGUUUACAAGAAUAUCAGCAGCACGUGCUAAACUGACGCGCAUUCACUCUCUUACAGCCGAGUCGCAAAAUGUACGGUGUACUCACCCAGGUCUAACGGUCGACGUAAGCCUGCCCGGGGUCACCCUGAGGCGUGGCUGCUCCUGCAGCGAGGAAGAAGCCCGGGCGUGGGCGCGGGAUUGCCUGCUACCCUCGCCCACCAUGGAUGCCACGGACGCCGAUGCCGACGGCGUUGUCUUCCUAUGCAGAGUGGUGAACGACCGCAAUGGAAGGCGGUUCCCGGUCCUGAGCUCGACGCGCGGCGGCGAUGAAGAUGCGUGCGGUGUCUGACGCCAGGAGGAUGGUCUCAACCGCAUCGCGAGACACGUGGAAUCCGAUUGAUAGGAAAACCACCAACUUUGCGUUGAUGUUCUCAACCGCAUCGCGAAACACGUGAGAAUCCGUUCGAUCGGAAAACCAGUAAGCCAGUUAGCCGGUUUUGCGGAGCUUAAUUGCGGGUAGUAAAAGUGCCUGGUGAGGUUAUUUGUUAUUUUCGGGGAUUGUCGAAAUGCCUGAAGUAGCGGUACACCUGUCGUGUCGUGUCUUCACGUCUUGCAUAAAUGAGGAGUCCCUCCCCGCUUCAAGCCUGAAACGAAGAGCACAACAAGAAGCCAGCUUGGGACUAGCGAUGCCAACGAUAUUCGUCGGCUUGCUGUCAAUAUUGAUGUAGAUGGGGUACUUGUUGCUGCAGGACGGUGCUAAGUUCUCAGGCGGCGCCUACAGCAGUUUGGCCCUCACGCACCUUCGAAGCCGGGAAGCUGUGGGAUACCGCAGUUCUGUUAUUGUCUUCCCUGCCGUAAGCAGACCGGUGGGAUUUCCUCGAAACGUGUCCUCAAAGGGGAGAGGUGUCCUUACAACUUAUAUGCCCCCAAUUGUAAUUCAUUCUGGGGGGCACCGUUUUUCUAAUAGAGAUGGGUGUCCUGAUGUAGCGUGUGGGGUGUCCUUAUUUUUGUGUGCUUGAAGCGGGGACGAAUUUUUUUGGCAUGUUUUAGGUGCCCCUCCCGCCUACCGGCCCCGGUCCUUGUCCAUGUCCUGUGUUGUUGAGAUGUCCUUUGUUGCGAAUCAAGUUAUUUUGUCCAUUUCCUUGUACCUUUGCUCCCUACGUGUCUUGUUUCGUAUCUCUUCCCAUAGGUUGCGGAUCAUGCUACCGCUUUCUGGUUGUGCCUUGAGUAUACAUAGAUUGGUGUGCAAACCCUUGUGCAGUUAGAUCGCGCGAGUCUAUCCGGACUGGGCACGCGGUGGAAUCGUCUUUGUAGCAGAGAAGAAGUCGGCCAGAAUUUCCUCGCGCAUGACUACUCUGUGAAGGAGUUGCAUUGUCGAGACUUGAACCGGUGUCGGGCGAUUCUGCAUGGGGAGCCUUGCUCGCCCCGGGGUCUGCGACCUACGGUAGGGUCGUCCCUGGAAUCGCCACGUAAAUAUUGUAGGUUGUAUUGAUGUUCCCAGGUGGCGCUAUCAAACCCUCCAAGGUGCUUUAUGGUCGAGCUUGUUGAGUACUGUCGGUUGUGGGAAAGUGGGUAUUCUAUGUGGAUGAAUGAGUAAAUACCAGGUUGUGUUGUUUUGACGCUUCUCGUCGCGUCACAGAAGCAGCAGCCCUUAGGGCACAAGUUGAAGCCAAGUGCAGGCAAGGAAAGUCCCCUAGAGAAGGCUCAAGUUACCACUCCCGAAUAAGCAAAACGACGUGAACGUAGUGUUCGAGAAAAUGCGGCCAAGCUAGGCAAAGGGAUAAGUUAACGACAGUUGUUUUUUAAUUAUUAUCUGUACGAGGCUUACAAUACUAUCAUGCCCAACGACAUUCCUACUCGUAUCAAUGAAUGCCUCGAGCUCUUGAACGAACACGGUGCUCCUCGAGCGGGUUGUGUCGGCAGGGGGGGUUGUAUGAGUUGAAUGACGAGUUAGCUAGGUUGGCGGGGGGCAAGGGCAGGGGGGGGGGUUGUCGACUUUCGGACUGGGACAAGGGGUUGCAUUUUUUUGCUGAUCCGUUUGGCAGGCUGACGGAAGCAGGUUUUCAAUACGUACACAGUUUCCGUUGUAGUCGUGUCAAACAACGGACGGAAGAGUUGCGGCGCAGCGAUGCCUAACGGUAGGCCUGGGAACAGAGAACGGUAGGCUGAGUAUUAUAGUGCACAGAGGAUUGUCGUAGUUUCGUCUCAGAAGAGAGAGAGAGAGAGAGCUAUCUAAGAUCAACUUUAUUGCCGAGAUUGAUCUCC